AUGGAAGCUGAAGUCUCAACAACUGCAAUAGCUGGUAUUGGACCGGUUCCCGUUAUACAAAUUGACGAGUCGCCUGGACCGACCGGGGAUUACGCAGCCACUAGAAGAGCCAGACAUCGAAAUAGGGCCCGAUCAAAUAGUGUUGAUUCUGUAUACGAUUCGGCGAGUGAGGGUGGUACGUCAGACGAUGGAAGGCUUGUUUCACGGAAGAUGUUUCGAAGAGCAAACGUGAGAGAGGAAAGCUUUGACGAUUUUAUUAGGAGACGUCGUAAUUUAUUGGAAAAAGAACGGUCGACCGUGUCACUAUACACCUCACCGGUCUUAGUAUUGACAUACUUCUUGGCUUACAUGUUUUACAAGUUCAAAUCGGCUUUGAAGUACGCGAGUUCACGAAAAUGGGUUCUAAUAUCUAUGCCAGCUGCUUUUAUUUUAUUAAGGGUUGCGUUACUGGUGGAUGGAUCACAUCAACAAGUUAUACGUAAUACCCAAUCUUUAAUACUUUGGUAUUUUUACUGGAUAGGAUUAGGGAUCGCAUCUUCAGUUGGCUUAGGGACCGGUCUACAUACAUUCGUUUUAUUCCUGGGUCCAUAUAUCGCUGAAGUAACAUGGGUCGCUUAUGAAUGCGGAAAUCUCGAUUUUGAAACAAGAGGUCCUGAUAGAUUCCGAUGUAAUCCUACGAACGUAGGGUCCAUCUCCGUAUCAUUAUUCAGCAUUUUCCGACAAGUACAAUGGGAGUCAUUCUUUUGGGGUCUUGGCACGGCAAUCGGAGAAUUGCCGCCAUAUUUCGUGGCAAGAGCAGCUGCGUUAUCGGGAAGUCGAAGUGAAGAGUUGGCGACCAUUGAUAUGCUAAUGGAACAAUCACCGGAUAAGAUUUCAUUUAAAGCGCGCAUCUUACUGUAUAUUAAUCGGAUGAUGCAGCGUUUAGGUUUCUGGGGAAUAUUUCUUUUCGCUUCGAUUCCCAAUCCCUUGUUUGAUUUGGCAGGUAUAAUGUGUGGUCAAUUUUUAGUGCCAUUCUCGACAUUUUUUGGUGCCACAUUCCUCGGCAAGGCGGUCGUUAAAUCUUCAAUACAGACAACUAUUGUAAUCUUAGUUUUCUCGCAAGACACUUUAACGGCUAUACUUGAUACCACGAAAAGUUAUCUUCCGUACGUUCACGAUAAACUCGCUGCCGCGGUGCUCCAACAAACUAGAAUUUUGCGGCGUGAGGAAGGCGUAAGCGCUCCUGUCGAUGGGCCGGCCAAUCCUAGUUACAUAUCACUCGUUUGGAAUACCUUUUUCAAUCUGAUGUUAGCAUACUUUGCACUCUCAAUCAUUGAAACCUUGGCAAUCGCGCAUCUUGAACGUGUGCAUGAGCAAGAACUCGAGAAUCUUGAAAAAAAGCGAAAGGGUAGAGAUGCCGAAGCGAAGCUUCGUGCUGAUGAGCGAAAACAGACACUUAUGACCUCGAGCACCCUUGGAUUGCUGGGGGGUGAGAGGAACAAAGACUCUGGACGAGGAUAUUCAAGUGAUUAG